CCUUCCACCUGCGAUCCAGAACCCGGAGACGGUCCCACCCGCCUGGGUCUGCGUCAGGCGGGCGCCGGCAGAGGACACAAAGUCCCACUAUCCGGCCGGCCUUUUUGCCCAGGCGUCUGCAGCCAGGAUGGGGCGGAAGGUGACCGUGGCCACCUGUGCGCUCAACCAGUGGGCCCUGGACUUUGAGGGCAAUUUGCAAAGGAUUUUAAAAAGUAUUGAAAUUGCCAAACACAGAGGAGCAAGAUACAGGCUUGGACCAGAACUGGAAAUCUGCGGCUACGGCUGUUGGGAUCAUUAUUACGAGUCGGACACCCUCCUGCAUUCGCUCCAGGUCCUGGCGGCCCUUUUGGAGUCUCCGGUCACUCAGGAUAUCAUCUGCGACGUGGGGAUGCCUGUGAUGCACCGAAACGUCCGCUAUAACUGCAGGGUAAUAUUUCUCAACAGGAAGAUCCUGCUCAUCAGACCCAAGAUGGCCUUGGCAAAUGAGGGCAACUACCGCGAGCUGCGCUGGUUCACGCCGUGGUCCAGGAGCCGGCAAACAGAGGAGUAUUUUCUCCCCCGGAUGUUACAGGACCUGACUAAGCAGGAAACUGUGCCCUUUGGGGAUGCCGUCCUCUCCACGCGGGACACCUGCAUCGGGAGUGAGGUCUGUGAGGAGCUCUGGACGCCCCACAGCCCGCACGUGGACAUGGGCCUGGACGGGGUGGAGAUCUUCACCAACGCCUCGGGCAGCCACCACGUGCUGCGCAAAGCCCACGCCCGGGUGGACCUGGUGACCAUGGCCACCACCAAGAACGGCGGGAUCUACUUGCUGGCCAAUCAGAAGGGGUGUGACGGGGACCGGCUCUACUACGACGGCUGUGCCCUCAUAGCCAUGAAUGGCAGCAUCUUUGCCCAGGGGUCCCAGUUCUCUCUGGAUGAUGUGGAAGUCCUCACUGCCACGUUGGAUUUGGAAGACAUCAGAAGCUACAGGGCAGAGAUUUCAUCUCGAAACCUGGCGGCCAGCAGGGUGAGCUCCUACCCCCGUGUGAAGGUGGACUUCGCGCUCUCCUGCCACGAGGACCUGCUGGAGCCUGUGUCUGAGCCCAUCGAGUGGAAAUACCACAGCCCCGCCGAGGAGAUCAGCCUGGGACCCGCGUGCUGGCUCUGGGACUUCUUAAGACGCAGCCGACAGGCGGGGUUCUUCCUUCCCCUGAGCGGCGGGGUGGACAGCGCGGCCACCGCCUGCCUGGUCUACUCCAUGUGCCGCCAGGUCUGCGAGGCUGUGAGGCGUGGAAAUCCAGAGGUGCUGGCUGACGUCCGAACCAUCGUGAACCAGCCCAGCUACACCCCCCAGGACCCCCGGGAGCUCUGCGGCCGCGUCCUGACCACCUGCUACAUGGCCAGCGAGAACUCCUCCCGGGAGACCUGUGACAGGGCCCGAGAGCUGGCCCAGCAGAUCGGAAGCCACCACAUCGGUCUCAGCAUUGACCCAGCGGUCAAGGCGCUCGUGGGCAUCUUUAGCCUGGUGACGGGCAGGAGCCCUCGGUUUGCGGUUCACGGAGGGAGCGGCCGGGAGAACCUGGCUCUGCAGAACGUGCAGGCGCGGGUGAGGAUGGUCGUCGCCUACCUCUUCGCUCAGCUGAGCCUCUGGUCUCGCGGCGCCUCCGGCGGGCUUCUCGUCCUUGGAUCCGCCAACGUGGAUGAGAGCCUCCUCGGCUACCUGACCAAGUACGACUGCUCCAGCGCCGACAUCAACCCCAUCGGUGGGAUCAGCAAGACGGACCUGAGAGCCUUCGUCCAGCUCUGCAUGGAACGCUUCCAGCUUCCCGCCCUGCAGAGCAUCCUGGCAGCACCGGCCACAGCUGAGCUGGAGCCCUUGGCCCACGGGCGGGUGUCCCAGACCGAUGAGGAAGACAUGGGGAUGACGUACGCCGAGCUGUCCGUCUAUGGGAGGCUCCGGAAGGUCGCCAAGACAGGCCCCUACAGCAUGUUCUGCAAACUCCUCAACAUGUGGAAGGACACCUGCUCGCCCCGGCAGGUCGCCGACAAAGUGAAGCGGUUUUUCUCCAAGUAUUCCCUGAACAGACACAAAAUGACCACGCUGACGCCCGCAUACCACGCCGAGAGCUACAGCCCGGACGACAAUAGGUUCGACCUGCGGCCGUUUCUGUACAACAGCCGCUGGCCCUGGCAGUUCCGCUGCAUCGAAAACCAGGUGAGCCGGGGGAGGUGGUUUCCCUCCCUGUUAGACAUCUGUCGAGGGAACACCAGCCCGUCUCCUCCACCUGCUCGUCUCCACAGAGGACUGAAAAGCUUUUUAAUGUUCAGUCGCUCAGUCGUGUCCGACUCUCUGUGACCCCAUGGACUGCAGCACGCCAGGCUUCCCUGUCCGUGGUUAAUGUACACGGUGGCAUUUUUUUUUAUUGUCCUGCUUUCUCCCAAGUGUCCAGUAUGUUUCAGGUCCAUCAGAGCUUGGCAUGUGCUGUUCGGGGCUGUACUGAGGAUGCUAAAGUUAGCAGCUCCAUCAUGCGGUCAGUGUGAGACCAACCGCUGUGAUUUCUAGACUACUGGGGGGCCCAACUGGCUUCGCAUUGUCUGAACCAUCUGUUUUUCCUUAUUGAUUAAUAGUGGAAUAAAGGAAGGAGAAACAAUCAAUUUAAUAGGGCAAGUGUAGGUCCUUCCCUGUUCUGUGAUGGAGGCAAGUUCGAGGCAGCCCCUCUGCAGUGAAGGUGAUGAGAGGAGAAGGACGGCUGAUGAGUUGAACAUGGGAUCCGUGAAAGUGAUAAAUGGUGAUAAUGCUGCUGAGUCCAAGCUCGUCCUGCUUGAUGCAUGACAGUAAAUCGAGAGAUGAGUUGCUGAAACAAGGAACGGUGACUUUAUUGGGAAAGCCAGUAGACGGAGAAGAUGGGGGACUCACGUCCCAGUGAACCAUCUUGCCGGAGUCAGAAUCCAGGCUCCUUCUGUACUAAGAGGGGAAGGAGCAGACUCAAACACCUGCUGGCUCACUGCCUCCUCCCUUGCAGUCACUCGCAGCUGGCUCUGGUCAGAGUGUUUCCCGUGAGCUAAACAAAGGUAUUUUAGCUUGGUGCUGCUUACCUGGGAGGCAGGGUUCCCAGAGAUGAGCCUUACGUAUAACAGGGCAGUGGUCCCCAACCUUUUUAGCACCAGGAACCGGCUUCAUGGAAGCCAGCUUUUCCAGGGAUGGGGCGCUGGGGAGAUGGUUCAGGCGUAACGUGACUGAUGGGGGGCAGAUGAAGCUUCGCUCGCUUACCCACCCGCCGCUCAGCUCCUGUGCAGCCUGGUUCCCAACAGGCGGUGGACUGGCGCUGGUCUAUAGUCCGGUGGUUGGGGACCCCUGCUUUAGUGAUGAGUUGUAAUAAAUCCCAAAGCUUCUUUCCUUUUACAACAAGAGGCGCAUUGAGCUGGAGGACCGCGGGGUGGGGCAGAGGGGAGCAUGCAUGAGGAGGUGCAGACUGAGACGGGAGCCGAGCAGCCCUAUGUGGCUGCAACCCUCCUCCAGAGGGCAUCAGGCCACGUCCAGAGACGGUUAUCCCGCCCGGGG